AUGUCAUUUAAUCAUAAAUUUCGCAGUCCGAGGAAAUUAAAAGAAGACAAUGGCUUUUUAAAUAAAACUCAAAAAGAUAUUGGGAAGCUUUUAGCGAUAAUUAAAAAUUUCAUUAAUUAAAUUAUAUCCAUCUCAAUGAUUUGUGUGAGACAUCACACCUUUUUAAACUAAAAAUAUGGAAUCUUCAACUAAGACAAUCUCUUAAUGAUUGGAAAAGUAUUUGAAUAUUUUUAAUCGUAGUCUUAGAACAACCCGAAAUACCGUAUUCCUUAUAGUAUAGAGAGUAUUAUCACCUGGAGUUUCAAUGACAGUCAAUAAUUGUAAGGGUUCGAGAUGAUUAUCAAUGGAAAGAAGAAAUGGUUUGAUAUGAGUCAUCAUCAGACAAUUUAGUUGAUGCAGAUUUUGAAUGGAAGAUUUCUUUACAAAAAUAUUCAAGCUUUCUAUCAAUUCUUGUAUAUUAUAGGAGUGGGAAGCUUUAGUAAAGUAAUUUUGUUAAUGUAUGUGUUAGGUAAUCAAAGUAUUUCACAAUAUCGAGAAGUAGUUCUACGCUUGCAAGAUCCUUAAAUUGACUUAAUUUGAUGUAUCCUAUAAUUUAAUAUCAACCAAAGGAUUUUAAAAACGAAUUUUCUAUACUUAAAUCUUUGGAUCACCCAAACAUCAUCAAAGUGAAGGAAGUCUAUUUGGAAGACAAGCAGAUCUGGCUAAUAACAGAUUUGGUCGAGGGAGGGACUUUGAAAGAAUAUUUAGAGAAAUUAACUGAAAUUACUCAAUUUGAAGUGUAUAUAAUAAUGAAAGUACUCAAUUUAAUUAAUUUAGCAAAUAUUAAAUAUUGUUUAAUAUUUACAUUCGAAAGGAUAUGUCCAUCGAGAUAUCAAGCCAGAGAAUAUUUUAUUAAGUCAAUAUCGUGACCCUUCCAAACUCUACAUGAUAGAUUUCGGAUUGACAGCAAAGAAAGAAGAUGUUGCCACUCGAUACCCUAAUUGCGGUACUCCCGGCUAUAUAGCACCUGAGGUGAUCAAUUUUGAUCCACAUCAUCCAUACGAUGAAUUAAGUGACAUAUUCAGCUGCGGAGUUCUAUUACAUAAAAUGUAUCGAUUAUUAGAGAGUUUAGAAUUUAUGGGACAGAUUUAUUUGAUGGAUCUUUUUAUAGUGAGGUGUACUUUUAGAAUCAAUAGUUUCGUUUGGAAUAAGAGUAAUUCGACUAUAAUGAAUUCGAACCACUUCUCAAAGGAAUGUUGCGAGAGAAUCCAAACACCAGAUUAACUGCUACUCAAGCCUUGGAGAUGUUGGAAUAGAUUGUUGCAAACAGGAAGGACGUUUUCGAAGUAGAGGUUUCGGAUUCAGAAGUGCAACAGGUUAGGACAGUUUCAAUUUAAACAUUGAGAAAACUUGGGUGUUGA